GUCUUCGAGCCAUUCAACCGUGGAAAAGCGGAUUUCGACCGAGUCUCGAUGCGCGACACAACACUCUGCAACAUAACUCCAGGACAAGAGCGGCGCGCUCGCGCGCCAUUGGGUACCUUUUCAUCUCCUCGUUGAAAGACGCGUCUGUUUGGCUCGCGAGUGCCAGGUCGGGUCGCAGAGCAUCGCUCUGUGCAGAUGAACAGCGCUGGAAACAGUCGCCUAUUUAGAAGUUGCCACGUUAGCUUCGUUUUUUUUCUUGCCGAAUUCGCUGGUGACUUUGACGUUAGUCUGCGGCCCAGCUCGGCCGGCGUGGACUCGAUCCAGCGUGGCUUUUCCACUCUUCUUUCGCAAAUCACGCUCUAUAAUUAAUGAAUCGCGUUCAGUAUUAUCGCGAGCACGGCAGUCUGUGUCUGCCCCUCUCCAGACCCUAGGCACACCGUCUCUGGCGUCUGUCGCUCUGUCUUCUUUGUCUUGGGCAGCUGAGGGUUGAGCUUUGCGUGCCCGUCAUGGUACUUGAUGUGGCGGCUCAAGGAACGCCGCCUUCCCUCGCGGGACAAAGUCCGUCCCGGACUGACUUGGAAAAUGACCUCUCUCUCCCGAUGAUGUCGGGUGAUCCGACGUCGGAGCGGCUGCAGGUCAUCCAAAGUAUCGCGGGAGCGAUCGUCAUCGGAGGAUGGAUUGUGGUCAUGCGAGUCCGCAGACACAGUCCUGUAGCCCUCUUCAAGGUAUACGCCUUCCUUCCCCCGGUUCUGCUGCUGUGUGCCUCCGCUGCGUCUUUCGUUUUUUUCUCAUCGACCCCUACGACCUUGCUGGAGGACGCUGAAGAGCCUUUCUCCGGCCUCCCAAGAAGACGUUUUGCGAGUGAAUCUCCCGCCAGCAGCUUCCCCACCCUGUCUCAAGGGUCAUGGGACUCCAUUAUUUCCUCCGGAUGGCCUGAAGUUCGACGUUGUCUCGGCGCCAACUAUGCCGCGGUCGCGACACUGGGGCUCCUCGUCCAGGCCGUGCUGUCUCUGUGGCGAAUUCUCGCCGCUCUAAACCAUCGUCCUGUCGCCUCCACCCCCUUCGCAGAGGCGGCCGGCAACCAUCCCGCUUUGCCGAAUAAGACUGAGACAAUUGUUUCUUCAUCGGUUAGCGCGGGAGGUGCUGGGGCGCCUCACGGGAAGAAGGGAGGCAAAAGACGCGGGGGAGAAUCGAGGGAAAACGAAGAGGCUGAUGAGACAGCCAAAAGUCUGGCCCUGGGCCAGAGUUUCCAGACCCCGGGCCAGAGUCCGCAGGAAGAGAUCAAGGAGACGUUUGGCUGUCGCGUCUGGCGCUUCGAGGACCAAGUCGGCAGGCACUGGGGAGAGGGAGCAGACUGGAGACAGACGCUGCUCUGGAGACUCGCCGACGUCUUAGUCAUCUCCACUGUCGGCCUGCCGCUCCUCUACCAGUUCUCCGCUAGACCGCAGGCGUUUCUCCCGGAAGCGCGCGCCUCUGCGUCCGCGGCGCCUUGGUGGGCGUCUCUCUGGUCUCCUGAGUCAUUGUCUUCGUUUCGCCUUCUCCAUCCCUCCUCAUGGCUGUGCUUGUACGCCACAGCCCUGGUGCCGCUCCAGCUGCUGCCUGACUAUCCGUCCGUCUCUCUGCAGUUCUUCGAAGCUCUCUGUCUUCUGCUGCUGCUUCUUCGGCACAGUCUCUCGCGAGACGCAACGCUUCUCUCUCCCGCAGACUCGCUUUUCUCUCUUCAAGCUCGAGGGGUGCCGGGCCUCGAGGCUUCGGACUCCUUUUUCCUCUGCAUGCAGGCUCUUCGCUGGUCCCUGCUCCGACCGAUGGCCAACGUGAUGUCUGCCUCUGCGGCUCGUGGCGCUCUUCCCAGAGCCGAGGCGCGUCACUCCGCGACUGCGGCUUUGUCUGCUUCUCAAGCGAAGAGAGGCUGGGUGUCGCGCUUCUGCAGCUUCUUCGGGGGAGACCCCCGUAAGGAAAGAAAAGAAAAGAAACGAGAAAAUUCCUUCGCCUCCAAAGACCGUCUGCCCCCUCCCUCUCCUCACUGCUGCUUCCUGACGAACUGCUCGUCUCUCGUCGUUCAAGACCCUUCCAGAUCGGGAGGCGUUCAGGGGCUGAAGCACAUUGGGCCACCGCUGUUUGUCGACGCGGACGGAGACGAGGCGCAUGAGUUCUUCCACGUCGGCAUUUCAAAGUGAGGAUCAACUCGUUCAGAGGAACAACGAAUUCGAUGGUCGCCUUGAAAGGCGCCACACAAGGCUGGUUGGAGGUCUGCAGGUUUUCUGUGGUUCUCUGGAAAAGAUCCCUUUCUCUCACGAUACCUUGUUACGGCCCCAGCUGUUUUCGUUGCACUCGCGAGAGAAACGAAACAUGGCCUGUAGGUGCCGUUGCUUGAACCGGAACGGCGUGCAUGCACUUUGAAAAAACAGGAUUCGUCACUCAUGCGCAGAGACGCCUGCUGCGAGAGAAAUGGAUUCUUCAUACACGCGACUUUAGUCAAGUUCAUCGUCCUGGGAGAGGCUCGUCAGC